CCGGCAUGGGCGGCGGCGGCGGCGGCUCCGCGCGGCGCCUCCGGCGAUGAGCGUGGCGGGGGACCAUGGGCACGGCCGUCUCCAAGCGCCGCUCGCUCCGCAACGAGGCCGUGGCGUCGGUGGCCGCCAAAGUCCGAGCGGCGAGGCCUUUUGGAGAUUACCUCUCCCAAAACCAUCCGGAGGGUAAAAAUGGUUCAGAUCACUUGCUGGCCGAAUCUUACGUCGGUCAGGAGGAUUCCCCGGAGAUGCACCAGGCGGCCCAGAACAAACGGCGCCUGUCGCUUAUUUCCGACGGCAAGUUCGAGAGCAGCUUCUCGGAGGAGCGUGGCGAGAAGCUGGCAGGAGAGGGCCCCAAGCCACGCGUCUAUACCAUCUCCGGCGAGGGGCCCAUGCUGUCCCAGCACCAAAGCGAGAGCAUGGAGCUGGUGGUCAUCAAGGGGGCCGAGGCUGAGGAGGAGGAGGAGGAGGACGCGGAGGAGGAGGAGUGCUCCCAGGGCAAGCCCCUGCAGAACGCCGGCAGCUCCCACAGCAUCGGCAGGCACUGCAAAAGCAGCUGGGCGGCCGGCCGGCAGGUCUCCAAGGAGUGUCCUGGCUGCACCCAGCUGGCUGCUCCCGCGCAGCACGGCUUUGACCCGGACCACCACCACCACCACCAUCACCACCACCACCACCACCACCAGGCUGGCGAGGCCAGCUGGCGCCGGAAGAAGCUGGAGAGGAUGUACAGCAUUGACCGAGUGUCAGACGACGUUCCCAUCAGGACUUGGUUUCCCAAGGAGAACCUCUUCACUUUCCAAACAGCUACCACAGCUAUGCAAGCCAUUUCGGCAUUCAGGGGCUACGCAGAGAGGAAGAGGCGGAAGCAGGAACAUGAGUCGGCAGCUCUGAUUCAGAGGAAUUUCAGGAAGCACCUGCGCAUGGUCGGGAGCCGCCGCAUGAAGGCACAGACCUUUGCCGAUCGGCGAGAGAGGAGCUUCAGCCGGUCCUGGAGCGACCCCACUCCCGUUAAGCCCGAAAACCUCAAUGAUUCCCGAGAAAGCCACGAGCUCCAGGAUUCCUGCUGUGCACCGGACAAGGGCGUGGACUUGAACUGGGAAGCGGAGAAGGAGCUGGAAGCUGCGGCUUGCCGUGGGGACGAUUUCGUCCCCCCCAAGAUCAUGCUCAUUUCCUCCAAGGUACCCAAAGCCGAGUACGUUCCAACCAUCAUCCGCAGGGACGACCCAUCCAUCAUCCCCAUUCUUUACGACCACGAGCACGCCACCUUCGAUGACAUUCUCGAGGAGAUCGAGAAGAAGCUGAACAUCUAUCGGAAGGGCUGCAAAAUGUGGAAAAUGCUCAUUUUCUGUCAGGGUGGUCCCGGCCACCUGUACCUUUUGAAGAAUAAAGUUGCCACCUUUGCGAAAGUGGAGAAGGAGGAAGACAUGAUCUAUUUCUGGAAACGGCUGGGCCAUCUGAUGAGCAAGCUGAACCCGGAGCCAAAUGUCAUUCACAUCAUGGGGUGCUACGUCCUGGGGAACCACAACGGAGAGAAGCUGUUCCAGAACCUGAGGAAUCUAAUGAGCCCCUGCCGGGUUACCUUUGAAUCGCCUCUCGAACUCUCCGCUCAAGGGAAGCAAAUGAUCGAGACGUACUUUGACUUCCGCCUCUAUCGCCUCUGGAAGACACGCCAGCACUCCAAGCUCCUGGAUUACGAUGACAUUUUAUGAGGACAGCCAUCAAUACAACCGAGCAUGGUGGAAUUUCUCGGUGCCCAUGUGGCCGAGCUUCAUGUAGACAGAGAAAGAGCGAGAGAGGGGGAGAGAGAGACCUUUUCACAGGCGGAGAGGCCCCUGGGAGCCCGGCCGGGGCGGCAGCGCAGUCGCGCUGAAGGGCACGUUGCCGGCCGGCGAGAGAUUUGGAGGGGGCUGCCUGCUUCCCAGGCAUGGCUCAGACGAGCACGGAUGCCGGGUGGACGGAGGGACUGCUGGGGAGGAGCCAAGGGGCGGCCGAUCCUCACGGACUGAGCUCGCUGAGGUCACAAAGGGCCAAACACCACCUCGGGUCCUUUAAAAAAGACAUUCCAAGCUCAGGUUUUCUUAACAACAAACGCGUAACUGAUUUAUGUUUUUUUGGCUUCCCCUUUUCUUGUCCUACUGGAUGAACCAGUGGAAUGGGGUGAGCAUUAGUGCCUGUGCGCAGAAUGCCACCGAUGCAUGCGCAGGAGCCGCCUCUCUUUCGGAGGCAGGGGACGCGUCGUUCCGCCCUGCGCACGCUGAGAUGCGUGGUCUGAAACUCCCGCAUGGAUUGGAGGAAAAUUCAGACUUAUCUCUUUUAAUGGGGGGGGGGGGGAAUAAGUGCAAUUUUUAUAUGAAUAGAAGGAAUAUUUAAUUAGUUGUUGCCGUAAACACACACCAGUAACCAAUAGAUGAGAUAUUUUUGGUCUGCUCGAAAAUAUAUUUGAAAUAGUAAUAUAUCUUCUGUAGACAUAUCUAUACACACACACACACACACACACACAUGUAAUCACCAGCAGGUUGGAGUUUUUCACGUGCUUUUUUGCAGACCAGCACGUCUGCAGCGUUUGAUUCAGUUUCUGGAUGAGUUAUGGAGGGACACCUUUAACAGUAGCUUAGGGUGUGUGUUGUUGUUUCAACUUAGCAGCAAUCUCCUCCUUUGCAGCUUGGAAAAAAUAGGGUUUCGCGGCCGUUUUUAGUCUAGAAAUACGUCCGUGUGGCCCAGAGGGUCCUCAGUCCAUUUGCAUUUAUAAACCAGAACUGAAUAGCCAUGUUCAAAAGACUCUGUCUUGCUGCA